AUGCGUUUCGGAAAAACGCUUAAAGCUUCCAUAUACCCGCCAUGGGAGGGGAAGUACAUUGACUACGCAAAGCUCAAGAGCCUUCUACGCGAACGCGAACUUAACGGAGACGACAGCGAUUCGGAACCCCAGCCAUGGACCGAAAUAGACGAGGAAUCGUUUGUGCAGGAAUUGAUCAAUGUCCAGUUGGACAAGGUCAAUGCCUUCCAGUCGGAAAUGUCGCAGCAAUUGCGAGACCGCACUAAUGCUUGCGAGGCUAAGCUUAUGCCUCUCGCCAGAAAGCCCACCGGCGACAAAGAUGAGGCAUCUGACGAUAAGCGGAAAGAGAUUGUAAAUGAGGUUGUCCAAGAACUCGACCAAAUUACCAAGGAGGUGAGCGAGUUGGAGAGAUACAGCCGGAUUAACUUUUCCGGCUUCCUCAAGGCUGCAAAGAAACAUGACCGUAAGCGCGGUGCACGUUAUCGAAUUCGGCCACUUCUCCAGGUCAGGUUAUCUCAAUUGUCUUUCAACUCUGAAGAUUACUCGCCUCUUUUGCAUCGGUUAUCUGCGAUGUACACCUUUACACGCCAAUUCCGCGGCCUUGAAGACACAGAAAAUCAAGAAAUUAGCAGCGACAGUCGUCUCGGUCACGAUGCGUACGUUUCGUAUAAAUUCUGGGUGCACCCGGACAAUGUUGUGGAGGUCAAGACCCAUAUUCUGCGUCGUCUGCCUGUCUUGCUAUACAACCCCACAACCUCCAAGGAACUGGAUGUCUCGCAAAAAGAUCCGGCAAUCACAUCGUUAUACUUUGAUAACUCAUCAUUCGAUCUAUACAACCAGAAAGUCACACGCGCUCCAGAGGCCGGUUCGCUGCGACUCCGUUGGUCCGGAGACUUGAACGAAGCUCCAGCGAUCUACCUGGAGAAGAAAAUUGUGGGAGAAGAUCGCAGCCGUGAGGUACGACUGCAACUCAAGCAAAAGCACGUCCAGGAAUUCCUCAAAGGUGAAUACAAGUUUGAGAAAAAGGUAACUCGUCUCGAAGACAGAGCUCACGGCGAGUCCCAAGAAGCCAAGGCUUUGAAAAAUGAAGUAGAAGAGCUCCAGUCAUUCAUCAAGGAGAAUGAGUUGCAGCCCAUGCUUCGCGCAAACUAUACCAGGACCGCAUUCCAGAUUCCCGGAGAUUCUCGCAUCCGUAUUUCGCUAGACACCAACCUUGCGCUCAUCCGAGAGGACGCUUUAGAUCCCCAACGACCAUGCCGUGAUCCAGAAGACUGGCAUCGCAGGGAUAUCGAUGAUUUGGCGAUGCAGUACCCUUUCAGCUCUAUCAAUAAGGGCGAGAUUGUGCGCUUCCCUCACGCCUUGCUAGAGAUCAAAUUGCGACAUGGUGUUCGUAAUGUAGAAUGGUUGCAUGAUCUCAUGGUAUCACAUCUCGUGAAAGAAGCUCCACGAUUCUCUAAAUUCGUUCAUGGAGUGGCACAGCUAUUUGAGGACAAUAUCAACUCUCUACCAUUCUGGCUCGGUGAGCUCGAAAAUGAUAUUCGUCAAGAUCCUGAAACGGCAUUCCAACAGGAACAGGAGCGCGAAGCACAGCGUGCGGAGGAAGAACUUGUUGUUGGAAGCUUUUUGGGAACGAAAGCUAGCCCGUUACAGACAAUGAUGGGAUCACCCAUAUCGCGUAUGGGUGCUGGAAGAGGGUCAUCUCCUGGACGAUCGGCGAUUAUGAGCGGCGCAUCACCAGUCGUCGAACGCACUUCGAAGCAGAUCACUGCCAGAGACAUCCCCCGUACAACAGAGGUUAGCCAGCCAUCUGCAGCAGCAGAAGCGACACCCACUCAGCCUGCGGAGAGCCGAGAAGGGGCAACAAGCACUUCUUACCUGGGUACUUUGUUCCCAUCUUUCUCCAUGUCUCGAUAUGCACAGGCACAUCGGGGAACCUCUAAACUUCCCCCUGGUGUUUCAGCCCCUGAGGUCUGGAUCAAGGAUACAGGACCAGUGCGUGUUGAGUCCAAGGUGUGGUUAGCCAACCAGCGAACGUUCAUCAAGUGGCAACACGUCAGCAUCCUGCUUGCCUCGCUAUCACUAGCUCUAUACAACGCCGCGGGCAUGGACAACAUGAUCGCACAAGUUUUGGCCAUUAUCUACACAUUCUUCGCUGUCUUUGCAUCCGUAUGGGGCUGGUAUAUGCAUGAGAAGAGAGCGCGAUUGAUCCGUCAGCGCAGUGGCAAGGAUCUUGACAACAUGUUUGGCCCACUUGUUGUCUGCAUCGGUCUCGCCGCAGCACUACUUUUGAACUUUGGUUUCAAGUACAAAGCGGCUUUGGACGAAGCGCAUCGCAGCGGGUAUCCGGGUGUUGUUGCUUAUUUGAUGAAUACCACAACCACAGAGCCUCUUUUCACCGUGCAGGGCAACGCUUGA